AUGAUCGCUGCUAUAUGUCUGAAGUUUCUGUUCUUCAUCGGGGCUUUGCUGUCGUUCGCUGAUCCACUCACCGACGGCUUAACAUGCUGGAAGUAUUUUGAAGCUGGAGAGAUUUUAUGGUUUGUGUUAUGCUUGGUGUUUAUUAUCCUUCCAAGUAUCAUCUAUCUCAUAUUCUGGGUGUUUAUUCUGCCUUCUAAUGAGAACAGCACAUCGGGAAAAUUGGCGUCAAAACUCCGCUGUUGUGUGGCUGCAGUAUGUUGUCCUUUCAUUCCUUGCUGUGGGAGACUGUAUGUAGCUUUCACUACAAAGGAACACGAAGACCAUCAGUUAUAUAUUGAAGUUUUUAACUGCCUAGAGGUCGGCAUUGAACUAGCUCCGCAGUUUAUAUUACAGUUCUACGCCGCAAUGAUACAAAGCCAUGAAGUUAGUGUAAUACAAAUUGUAUCUCUAAGUAUUACAUAUCUCCGUAUUGGAUGGUGUUAUGCGAACAUUAAUGACGACUGUACAUUUAAACUAUGUUUUGGUGGCUUGGUCAGUGUAUCUGCAAGAGUGUUCGCGUAUUCAUUAUUUGCUGUAGCUCUGGGUCCUUGGGUCGUGUUAGUUAUUGUAUUACAUAUGAUAUUGACUUGUGUCAUCCAGCGUUCACAUCGAGUCAGAGCGUUUGGUUAUGUUUGUCUGUCGUGGUUAUCCUACACCCCCUUGGGCACGGAUAAAGAAAGCGACGCUGAGAGGUUAAAAUGGACAUCUCGUACAUUUAUUCAACCCAUACUACACGUUAUCGAAGAUAUUAUAAUGGCUGUAUUUUAUUAUUUCUUUGUUGAUAGUGGAAGGACAUACCCCGACAGGUUAAAGAUAAUGUUAGGUCUCAUUGGUGGCAGUAUUUUUGGAUAUUUUGUGCUAAGAUUGUCAAGGUUUUUUAAAUGUCAAGGCGAGGAAUCUGAGGAGCAAAUCACAGACAUAGAAGCUUGCCAAGGAUUGAAUAAAACGGAAGUUGAUCAAUCUAAACCGGAAGCGGAUAGACCCAUCCAGGCGGGUCGGGAUAAGGAUGAUACCACAGACGGAAGAUGGAAGAUUGGUUUUAAAAAUUGGCGACCAAGACGCCGUGACCCCCCGGUUGACGAGGAAACUGCAGUCAAGGAGCCUAAGAAAACCAAAACUCCAGGGGGCGAUGAUACUGAUGGUAAGAAGUCUGGUCGUUUGGGGAAGUUUACAGAAUGGAAAUUUCGAAAAGGAAAAGGGAAGAGUGAAGUGGAAUGUCAGGAGGGUGCUGGUGGAAAGCAAGAUAACGCCGGGGGGGAAGGGAGUGGUUUUGUUGGGUUUAGAAAAAUACGUAAUUUUAGAUUAGGGCGAGACAAAAAACAGGAGGACAACUGA